CAGCAGUCCUAAGCAGAGUGGCGACUCAAGUGAGGGCAAGCGGAAGCCUGGCGUCUCCUGCCUGGGACUAAAGCAAGCAGAAAGGCGGGCUUGACCCUGGCCUGAUGGCUACAGGAAACCUUCACUUUCCAGCUUCAUCCCUGGAGAACGGGAAGGAACAGGAUGACUGCGACGACUCAGCAGAACCUGAGAUGCUGUGCAGCAUGGAGCACCCCGGUCAGUUCUUCGCUGAAGCACAGAGGCUGCGGGAGCAGAAGUUGCUGCUGGAUGAGGAGGUGUCAGUAGGGGGACAGGUAUACGGGGUGCAUCGAGUGAUCUUGGCUGCAAUCAGCAGCCUCUUCCAAGGCAGGCUUCGGGGCGGUGGAGGUCAGCAGCCUCACUUCAGCCUCGACGUGACCCGGAGGGGCUGGGAGGCUGCAAUGACCUUUGCGUAUGAGGGGGUGCUGGGCCCCGCCUCGCAGGGCGAAGUGCUGGCUGCUGCAGAGGCGCUGGGAGCGCCCCGGGUGAAGAGCGCGGCCCAGCUGAGGUCAGAAGGGCAUGGCAAGGCCAGCGAAGAUGAAGAGAAGCUCAGCCAGGAAGAGGAGCUGAGGGAGAACCUGCACAGCAUUGAGCGUCUAUAUCAAGAGGGCGUCGGGUGCGACUUGGAGUUGGAAGCAGAGGGCUACUGCCUGCGGGUGCACCGAGUAGCCCUGGCCUGUGGCAGUGAGUUCUUUGGGGCCAUGCUUCUGAGUGGGAUGAGGGAGUCCCAGGGCACAAAAGUGUCUCUGCGUACCAUCUCUUCGCAAGACCUGAGACUCCUCGUUUCGUUUGCCUACUCUGGAGUUGUACGAGAAAAAUGGCCAGGAUUGCUAAGAGUCGCCCAGGCUGCGCUGCAGUACCAAAGCUCCUCCUGCCUGGAUUUGUGUCAGAGAGCCUUGGCUCAAAGCCUCUGCCCUGCCCUUUGCCUGGCUUUGUUUCCUAUGGUUGAAGCUCCUGGUUUGGAGAAAGUCUGGGGAAAAGCCCAUCGUUACCUCCUCACUCAUUUGCCUGCUGUGUCUUUGUGCCCUACUUUCCCGUCGUUACCGGCUACCUGCCUGGCUGAGCUCUUGGAUAGUGAUGAGCUCCACGUACAAGAAGAGUUUGAGGCUUUCAUGGCUGCACGGCGUUGGCUGGCUGCCAACCCCGAGACCCAGGAGUCCGAGGCCAAGGACCUGCUGCGAUGUGUCCGCUUCGGUCGCAUGUCUACCCGAGAGCUGAGAAAGGUGCGGGCAGCUGGGCUCCCUCCCCCUCUGUCCCCCGAUCUGCUGAACCAGCUGAUGGUGGAAGCCGAAGUCCCAGGCCAAGAGAGGUGGAGGAAGCCUGAUCAAGCGCUGGUGGUGAUUGGUGGCGAUGGUCUUAGACCUAACAUGGACCGAAGGCAGCCAUCUUGCAAAGUGUGGUGGGCCCGGGCUUUCCGCUGUGGCAUGGGUCUGGUCCGCACUGUGGAAUGGUGUCGGCUGCCUGACCUGCCUGCCCCAGGGCGCUUUCGCCAUGGAGCUGCAAGCCUAACAGGAAGUGAACUCUAUGUCUGUGGGGGACAGGAUUUCUACAGCCAUAGCAACACUCUGGCUUCAACUCUCAGGUGGAGCUCCAGUCAAGAAGACUGGGAGGAAAUGGCACCCUUGUGCCAGGCUCGGAGCUUCUUUCCUCUGGUGGUGUUUGAUGGAGAGCUUUAUGCCCUGGGUGGACGGGACAAUGGUGUUGCCCUUAACUCUGUUGAGACCUAUAACCCUGAACUCAACAUCUGGAGGCCGGCACCUGCUCUUCCAGUACCAUGUUUCGCCCACGCAGCUGCAAUCCUCGAGGGCCGAUUGUAUGUAAGCGGCGGCUAUAGUGGGACCGGCCAGUUCUUGGACUCCUUGAUGAUCUAUGACCCCAAACUUGAGAAGCCUGAGACACUUUUGAGCCCAAUGCGAGUAGCACGGGCUAGUCAUGUGAUGGUUGCUCUGGGUGGGAGGUUGUAUGCGGCGGGUGGACUAGGUGACACUGGGGACCUGCUGAGCUUUGAGGUCUAUGAACCGAAGACCAAUAGCUGGACUCACCUGGCACCCCUGCCCUCCUCCCAUGUGGGGGCUGCAGGUGCUGUUUUGCAGGGGGAGCUUCUGGUACUGGGGGGCUACAGCCACCGUACUUAUGCCAUCUCCCACCUUGUCCACGCCUACUGCCCUGGUCUGGACCGCUGGCUCUGCCUGGGAACUCUGCCAAAGCCUCGGGCUGAGAUGCCUGCCUGCAUCCUGACAUUGCCCAGUGUGCAGCACAUAGCUUUGGUCCCUACUCAGCACCAAAACAAACCUGCUGGGUGACUGAGCAUCAGCUGUGUAUGAGGAGGAAGGGAGAAGAACACAAUGACAGGGACAAAGGACAGAAGUUAUGAGAGGGUUAAUAAGUUGUAUUGGUUGCUUGCUUUUAAAAAUCGUUAUCAUUAGAAAGAUUCCUAUUACUGUAGCUCCGGUUGGCUUUGAACUGGAUGUGUAGCCUGGGCUGGCCUCAAACUCAAAGUCCUGCGUCAGUCCCCUGGGUGCUAGGAUUGCAUGUGCUACUCCACCUUGAUUGAGGGGUCUAAUGAUAAUGAUUGAUGGGGCCUCUUGUAUCCUAAGCUGGUUUCUAACUCCCUAUAUAGUCAAGGAUAAUCUUGAGCUGUUAAUCCUCCUGCUUCCAUCUUGAAAGCGCUGGGUUCACAGGCAUAUACACCUGAUUGGUGGCCGAGAUCAAACUCAAGACAUCCUGCAUGUUAAGCAGGUACUCUGCCAACUGAGCUACAUCCCUAACCCUGAAAGAAGACUUUAUUCUUUUUUGUUUGCUUAUUCUGUUUUUACAUUGUUUAAUAUUUAUUUAUUUCAUAUGUAUGGAUAUUUUGCUUGCAUGUAUACCAUGAACCACAUGUUUAUCUGGUGCCUGCAGAAGGCAGAAGAGGAACUGGGGUUACAGAUGGUUGUGAGCAGUCAUGGAGUGCUCAAAACUGAACCCCGGUCCUCUGGAAGAGCAGCCAGAGCUCCUAACCACUGAGCUUCCUCCAGCCCUGUAUGCUGUGUUUUGAGGCAGUCUCGUUACGUAGUGCAGAUGAGAAUGCUUUAUUCUUGUUGGUAUGUUCCUCCACCCUGGACAUGGAAGCUCAUAAACUCCCUCUGUGUAUAUGAUCUGUACCAAGGAACAGGUGGUUCUGGAACUCGUGGGAAAUGGGCCUUGGGAGAUGGGCUGCCAAAUAAAUACUCCGGUAAGAGAGUCAACCAGGAAGAACUCCGCAAGGAUCAGUUAGGAAUUUUAAUGAGAGAAGUACAGUUCUCUGGGAGCUAAAGCUGGAGCUCACUGAUAGAGUGCCUACUUAGCAUGCAGAAGAUUCUGGUUCAAUAACCUCUGGAAUCAAAAAAAUUUGAAACUACAGCAAUCAAACUUCAGAAGUCAAAGUAUAGGGACCAGAAAAGGACAUUGGGACAGUUGGGAAAUUGAUGGAGGAAUGUGUAAGGGAUUAAACAACCCCCCCCCCCUUCUCGGCAGUUAGUGUUUAUUCUCCCGUCUGCAGGAUACCUACAUCUUCCCAACAAUAUUCUUCCUAGUGUAGCUUUGUAGACCCAUCCUUGACUCCACAGGCUGCCUGUAGAGGCUCCCCAUUAGGUCUAGACAUGGUGGUGCACACCGGGAAUCCUGGCGUUUGAGUGGCAGAAGUAAGAGGACCAGGACUCGAGACAGUUUUAAGAGAACCAAAUCAAACUCAACAAAACAAAUAAAAGCAUCAAGAAGGAAAAGCUCUAUCAAGACUUGGACCACAGAGUGACCUGAAGCCAUGCAGGUCUACCAGGGUGAGAUGGGAGUAUUCAUGGGGGCGGGGAGGAGGGGCAAGCCAAGCCAAGAGGGGAGUGUGUGUCCAUGGUGGCCAAGGAAAAGUCUGAGGUUGGGAAGACAGGAAGAAUCCACUCCAGUGUCUUUCCUUCCCUUUGAUGAACUCAAGAAUCAGGACUAGAAAAAGGGCAAUUGUGUGAGUCCCGUGGGAUCAAGAGGGCGGGAGACUUGGGAAAGCAGUUUCUUCUUGUCAGUCCCUUCCACAUAUUAUUCUGAACCUGUUUUCCUCUUCAGGUUUUUGUUGGUUUUAGACAAGUUUGCUUGUAGCCUAAGCUAGCCUUGAACUCAUUGUAUAGCUAAAAUGACCUUGAAUCAUCCUGCCUCCAACACCAGAGUGCUGGGAUUACAGGUGUGGGCCACCAUGUUAAACUGUAUGUUUCUGUUUAAAUAGACAAGGAAUAGAGUUGAUAAUAAAAAAGGUUAAGUAGAAUAUUUAAAAGAGAAAGAUUGAAGAAGAAAAAGAAGAAGGAAAUCAGGGGAUAUUUUGCUUGUGAUAUGUUCAUAAAGAUGGCUAUAAAUAAAGGUUUCAUAAUGAUGAAAGAGACUUGUCUUGAAGUCUCUGCUAUAAACAACAUUCAAAGUGAAAGUCCCCAUAAUUUGACUUGGGUAUUAUUCUAUGAAACUUUUAUUAUUAGUCUAUGGAACCACUGUCCAUUUGUUGCUGCCAGCAAAUCCAUGGCCACCCUCAUUCCCCUCAUCUUUCUCCAGGAUCUGAAUCUCAUCCAGAAACUGUCUUUUCUCUUGGCUCCAGAGGUAGCAUAAUCUCACGGUGAGCUUUUCCAUCUGUCUUUAACCCAAAGGCAGGGAUCCUCCCCAAGGGGUGUGUCUUUGUCCCAGGGGAUGUUGCCAGCAAGGGCUGAAAACUGCUUUGGGUUAGAGCAUGGACAAUGUCUGAGCUGGACUGCAAAGCUGAACUGACCCCACAGUUAUUCUUUGACCUCCACACGUGUGCCAUAGCACAUGCGCCCCCAGCA